AUGUUACGAGCUUCGAAUAUCAGAAAAUUGGCGAGUAGCGCCCAAGUUAAAAACAUUAACCCAUGGAAAUUCGUCGAAGAUAUUCUGCCUCCAAUUCAGAUCCCAACUCCAGACAUGAACCAGAAGUUCCCAACUCCUACAGGAUGGCAGCCGCCUUCUCCUGAUCUUCAGACCUUCGACUAUCCAUAUUUCGUUGAAAGAAAUCGAUUCCACGAGCUUGAUUUGGUCGAAGAAGAGCGUUCCACUGAAUUCUUCGACUUGAACUACGAUAAUAGGUAUCAAGACAAACACGAUAUUGCUCUGCGAAGAAGAAACCCAUCAGAUGAUAUGCCUGUUACUCACUUGUAUAACUGCAGUGGCGAUAUUUUUCAAUUAAGAAACGAGAUCUGUGCUUAUUUGGAAGAAAUUUCGGGCGAGCCUGUAGCUGGUCAAGCCGACGAGCCAGAAGCUAGGAUAACUGUAACUGGCAAAUAUUCUGAUUUCAUUCGCGAUUUCUUAUACGACAAAGGAUUCUAA